CUACGUCAAUGACGUCAUCGCAUAUUAAUUCAACUUCCGCCUUGGCAUGUUAUUUGCUAUUGAUUGUGCAAUGAUCCCUUCGAUCAAACAAAACAAUCGAGACAAGGGAAAGACUUAAUAUUGAUGGAAACCUACUUAGAUGAGAGUGUUCAGUAAAAUGGCGACAGCAUUGUUGACGGAAAACUAUUUAUUACAGCGAGAUACGCAGUGGCCAUGUAAAGGGAGCCAUAUACUCGCUCAAUACGAUGACAACUCAGUUGUUGUGUAUCAAGCAUACAACCCGGAAAUCGCCAGUUAUGCAGUAGAGAAUCAAAGAUUUGGCGGUCCAAAGUUCAGCUUUCAGCGCAUGUCCUGGGUCAAAACGAAUUUUCUGUGGAUGAUGUACCGAUGUGGUUGGGCCAGCAAGGCCAAUCAGCAACGAGUUCUUGCUGUCUGGCUCAAGAGAUCAGCUUUCGACAAUAUCUUAUCGCAAGCAUAUACACCAAAGGAGCAGAAAAAAGCAGAACUGGAAGAAAUAUUUGUCCGUCUGCAAUGGGAUCCUGAUCAUAACCCACAUGGAGAAAAGGAAGAACGGAGGGCAAUACAACUGGGUUUAAGAGGGGAGGUCCUUCAAAAAUACGCCACCGAAUGGAUUCACAAGAUAGAAGACGUUACAGCUUUUGUUCAUGAGCAAAAAAGAAUAUUGGACUCAGAAAAAAUAGAAAAUUUAAUAACUGCUAAGGAGACCGUAUAUCCGGUGACGAAUCCUAAAACAGCUCAGCUGAUUGGGGUAGAUAUUUGAUUUAAAAUGCGCUCAGAAAGCACAACACGCAUUACAUUUAAAGGCACAGUCACACAUGGUAGUGACAUCAUACUUUUGGUCAGCUGGUUUCAAUCACACUUGAGCCCUUUAUAAUGAAGUUAUUAGAGCAGAGAAUGAAAUCCGGUAAAACUACAGUACCACUGCCAUCACCACAGUUUCAGAGUAGAAUUCCCAUUGCUACUCUCCUUGUAUUUCAGAUGGAGGGCUGAAAUACAGUACGGCACAAGUUACGAUAGCGCACAAUUUUUUCAGAUGAGACAUUUAUGCCGUUGAUCCCAUAGAGUAUUACAAUGUUACGUCACGAUACCAUGUGAUACUACUCCGUUGCAAGAUGGGUUCAACCGGAUGCCAUUUUCGCCACUGACAAACCAUUGAUCCCAAUUUAUACUGUAUUAUUAAGAUUUUGAUCUUACUUUUUCUUUGUAAAUUUUAAUUGAUGAUUAAAUGUGUGUUCGAUAACUAA